UGCUGGUAUGAACCAAUAUCUGUGAGUCAUGUUUCCAGCACCUUGAUGGAUCUACGCCAUGAAGAACCUGGUACUAGCAAAGUGUACCUAAUAAAGUGUAAAAAAGUGAAAGACAUGGACAGCUUACUUUGUCAGCCAAAAGCAGAAGUUGCUAAAAGAGAUGUGUGUGACAGAGUUAAGAAACAACUUGCUCUGUGACUGUAACACGGUAGUAUUUCUCUGUCUACAAUCGCUUAAAGCUCAACAAGACUGUAAGGAUGGCAGACGAAGAAGUCAACUAUGCCUCAGUCACAUUCAACACUAAGAAACUAUCCCGAUCACAAGUUAAAAAAGAGGAGGAAACCAUUUAUGAUGACGUGAAAGUGAAACAUAAAACAACGGAACAAACUCCUGACACAAACAAAUUCUCGAUUGAUGAGAGAUCAGGCAGUAGACGUCAUCACUAUCAGCAGUUGGCCUGUUGUUUGGGCACAUUUUGUGUCAUUUUGGUGUUGGGCAUCAUAGCGGUCACAGUAUACCACAGAAAAUGUAAACCUUGUCAGAAGGGAUGGGAUCAUGUUGAGUCCAGCUGCUAUGCAACAAAUGAUGCUGACAGUAAUCAAUGGAAAACCUGGGAAGCAGCUCGAAAAGACUGCAGAGGAAAGAGUUCAGAUUUGGUUGUUGUGAUUAAUGAAGAAGAAAUGAAAACUGCCAGUGAAAAGAGCUGGAAAUAUAAUGAAAACAAAGGAUACUGGAUUGGUCUGAGAGUUGAAGAUGGGAAAUGGAAAUGGCUGGAUGGAAGAAAUAUGACUAAUAGCUCCUGGAUCGACCAGCGUCCUUCUGAUGGUCACUGUGCAAUCUCUGUUCAAAACCAAGGAUUUAAAUCAGUGAGCUGUAAUGAGAAGAACCGAUGGAUCUGCAAAAAGAAAGCUUUGUCUGUUUGAAUACUGCAGUAAAAAUAUCAUGACUGGUGAAGAUUCUAAAUACAAAAAACAAUGAUAUUACUAUUAAUUAAAUCUUUAAAUAGAAUUUAAAAAAAGGAGUUUAAUUAAAACAUGUAGACACAAAAAAAGUUUAACAAAACUGUACUGAUAUUGUUUGACCAGCAGAGGGCGCUGCAUUACUUCCUAUCAAAGACAGUGGUUGUCUAAAGUAUCUGUAGUCUGCCAUUUCUAUAUUUAAGUGACAAUUAUUGUUGUAAAAAAAAUAAUCAACCAACCAACCAACCAAAGAAACAAACAAACAAAAUUAUAACAGUACUGAACAAAAUAAGCUGAACUUCCUGUUCUUCGCUGUUGCUCAAUGGCAGAUCUUGACAGUGUGACUGAUGACGGAAGUCUAAAUGUAGUGCCGGCUCUCCUCCUUCCUCAUCUGAAUGUUGUUCUUAACUUGAUUAAAACCAUCCGU